UUAUCGGAAUAUGCUAUCGUUGCAGCAUUUCUCGUCCUACCAAACGUGGCAGCGUAUUGCACUAAACUGUUGAAGGCGGAAAACGCGGAUCUGUACAAUGCAUACCUGAAGUUGGUGAGCUAUACCUCCACGUUGGACAUCCUUGUCAUUAUGCUGUAUCGACAAGGGGAUAUUGCUGCGGAAGUGUUGCAACGCUUUCCAUUUCUGCUUUCCUUUCGAAUUUUACUUCAACCUUUAAUGAAAUCAAAAGUGAAAAUCGUAGAGCCGAAGCGGGCCGGUGAAUAG